AUUUGCACUAUUUAAAAAAAAGUCAGCAAUGGGUCCUCCGCCCGUCGUCACGGGGAUUUCUCCAAAAGAAGGUCCCCCUGGCACCAGGGUAACUAUUCGUGGCGAAUUUCUAGGAACUAGUACGACAGAUUUAAUAGGUCUCAUAAUAUGUGGUUGUGAUUGUCUCCUUUCUGCGGAAUGGAAGAGUAAAAACAAAAUUGUGGCACGUUCAGGACCAUGCAAAGGGCGCGGAGACAUUAUUGUCACUACCAAAUCUGGAGGAGAAGGGACCUCUACUGUACAAUUUAGAGGCUAUCACGAAUCAAUUGGGCCAGUGAAGGAAAGUGCCGUGUGGGUGGAGGAGGCGGCGCCGCCGUCGCUGCCCUGGGGGCGCCGGCCCAUGUCGCCCGCCGCCUACACGCCGCCCGAUCCCUUGGGGCUCUCCACCGAGGGAGAUGACUGCAAAUUUCCUGAGGAAGAACUGCUCGAAUUGUUCCCUGAUGGUUCUGGAAAGCUUUCCGAUGAGAACUUCCAGCCGGGUUGGUAUCUACUGGAACACCAUAGCAACACAUCCUUUGAAGAUCUGAGGGCUGGAAUGGUGUUCCUACAAAGGAAGGUUGAGAGCCAAAAGGAGGGGCAGUUAAGCUUUCUAAAAGCAAACACAGGGGCAGUUAUGGAUCAAUUGGAUCGCCUGGUGCUCCUAAAGAACAUGUACGAAGAGGACCAAAGAAAGAGUGGAAAGGAACCCCUGCCUAGUUUGCAGACUGCCAUUGAAGAGUCGAUAGUGUUGGCGGACUCGCUGUUCUCGGAGAUCCUGGCGCGCAAGGAGAACGCGGACCGCACGCGCGAGGCGCUGGUGCUGCUCACGCGGCACAAGUUCCUGUUCCAGCUGCCCGCCUCCAUCGACAAGAACAUCCGCAAGAAGGAGUACGACCUUGUCGUCAACGACUACACCAGGGUCAACAACUUGUUCGGCAACACCGAUGUCAAGCUGUUUCAGAAAAUUCUCGCUGAAAUAGACAAGAAAAUAGCAGACCUAAAGGCUAAUUUAUAUAACAGAAUGAAAACGAUGCCAGUCAAUGUCCAAGAGCAAACAAAGUAUAUUAAAUUGUUGAUCAGUCUAAACUGGGAGGGCGACGCGGCGUGGGUGGCCAUCACCAGCCGCAAGGAGUAUCUGCUCAGUCUACUGAACAAAGUGAAGGAUCACUUUAAACAGAUCGAGGACCAGGAAAAUGCUGGCAAACGCAAGGCGCGCGAGGCGGAGGGCGAGGGCGCGUGGAGCGCUACGCGCGCGGCGUGGUGCGGCGCGGCGUGCGGCGCGCUGGCGGCCGAGCUGCACGCGCUGUGGCCGCUGGCGCGCCGCUACUUCGCGGGGGAGCUUGCCGGAGAGCCCGCCGACCCACGACGGCACGCCGACCUCAAGGAGAUGAUAAUAGCGGGCGUGGAGGUGUUCGCUGUGCACAUGCGGUCGUGCCUGCUGGCGGGCGGCGGCGGCGCCGUGCCCGUGGACGCGCUGCGCGCGCGGCUCGUGGCCAACCUGCGCAGCCUGCGCGACGCCUACGACUCGCUGCUCAAGCUGGACCUGCCGUCGCAGCCGCUCAGCAUAGUGGAGAAGGUGAUCUUCGAGUACCGGGCGCACGGUAUGGGCGUGUUCCUGCAGCGUGCGCUGCGCCGCGUCAAGGCGCUCGGCGACCACGAGACCUGGCGCGUUGACCACUUCUCCGACUACGGCGCCGUCACUAACCUCCCCUCGCUGCUCGAGAGCUAUGUGAAGGAGGCGCUGCACUCGGUGUCGAGGUGCGUGGCCGCGGCGGGGCGGCGCGAGAGCGAGCUGCUGGCGGGCGAGCCGGCGGCGGCGCUGCGCCGGCAGGCGCGCCAGAUCCUGCUCGCCUUCGUGCAGGUGCUGCACGACCUCACCAACGAGCACGCCGAUCAGGACGUGAACAAUACGUGCUUGUCAGUGGCGCUAGAGGCGCGUUUAGAAGCGGAGCCUCGCGGCGGCGCACCCAGCUGGCAACAGCGCCUGCUCAUGGCCGGCGCCAACGCGCAGUACACGCGCCGCGUCACUCUCGACAACAUCGCGCAAGCCUUCCAGAGUUACGGGAUGCCAGAGCCUACAGAAGGCAUCCAGGACACAAAGGACGCUCUGAGCACCCUCGAGAGCAACAUCGCGGAGACAUACCUGGAGCACAAGGGCGACCCACUAGUGGGCACCAUCGAGCCCAGCAUGUUCCUGGGCCGGCACCGCACGGCCGGCGCGCUGCCCGACGACGCGCGCCCCUACGUCUACGAGAUCAUUAACAACCUCAUAGCUGUGCACGCCGAGGUGGACAGCGUGUGCGGCGCGGCGUCCGCGCGCUACGUGCGCGACAUAUGCGAGACGGUGUGCGAGGAGCUGGCCCGCCUGGCGGCGUGCGGCGCGCUCGCCCCCGCCUCCGCCUCCGCGCCCGCUGCACGCGCCGCGGCCUUCCAGGCGCGCCUCGAGUACACGCUGCUGCGCAUUGCCUGCCAACACUACCUCACGAGGAAAGCGGAGAAUUACCUGAUGGAGGCGUUAGCAGGAAUUCCGCCGUUAGACUCUGAAGAAGAUAAACAGCGUUUAGACAAACUAGUAGCAGAGUUCAAGAAGAGGAUGGAACUGCAACUGACGUGCCUGAGCUGUACCGUGGAGACUGUGUAGCACACCCGGUGCGCACGCGAUCAAACUAGUAUGUAUAUACAUGUAGAUAUGUACAU